CACGUCAUGUUAGUGACCUAACUGCUUAAUAACAUAAACAAAAAAUGGCAGACUUAGCAUGCUUUGGCGUUGUGAUGACUUGACAACCUUUUUGUCUGUAUUGUAAUAUUUUAUACAAAGCGUACGCGUUGUAAAGUGAGAUUUAAAGCAAAUCUGAAGCAUAAGUGGCGAAUGUGAAGAGUCUGUGAUGAAAAGCUCGGAUCAGGAUGGACAGCGAUCUGAGCCCACAGGACAGGAAAGACUUGGACAAAUUCAUAAAAUUUUUUGUCUUAAAGACAGUGCAGGUGAUAGUACAGGCUCGUUUAGGUGAGAAGAUCUGCACUCGCUCGUCCUCUUCCCCCACAGGCUCAGACUGGUUCACCCUGGCAAUUAAAGACAUCCCAGAGGUGACCCAUGAAGCUAAAAAAGCUCUGGCCGGACAGCUGCCCACUGUUGGACGCUCCAUGUGUGUGGAGAUUUCCCUGAAAACAUCAGAGGGGGAUUCAAUGGAACUGGAAACAUGGUGCUUGGAGAUGAACGAGAAGUGUGAAAAGGACAUUAAAGUCUCCUACACGGUUUACACGCGUCUGUCCCUGCUCCUGAAAUCUCUCCUGGCCAUCACCAGAGUAACCCCUGCUUACAAACUGUCACGCAAUCAAGGCCAUGAUUAUGUCAUCCUGUACAGGAUAUAUUUUGGCGAUGUGCAGUUAACAGGACUGGGUGAAGGUUUUCAGACAGUACGUGUAGGAGUUGUAGGUACUCCUACAGGAACUCUCACACUCUCCUGUGCAUACCGCACCAAUCUGGCCCUCAUGUCCUCCAGGCAGUUUGAGAGGACGGGUCCCAUCAUGGGCAUCAUCAUAGACCACUUUGUGGAGCGUCCGCUCGGGAACACAGCCCUCAUGCACCCCUGCAACUACAGAGCUCCAGGUGAGGAAGAAGGAGGGGUUUAUGCUGGAGUGGAGGACUCGCAGGAAGUGUGCACCACCUCCUUUUCCACUUCUCCACCUUCUCAGUGUCUGUGUACAGUAAGUCAGGCACAUAGUAAAAGUCCUAAACCUGCUCUGACGGCCACUCUGAAGGUCCCUGUGAUGGGGCCGGGCUUCUCACAGCAACUUUGCACUUCUCGUCUGUCAUAUCAGACUCCCCUCCUGGGGCCAGUAGAUUUGUGCCAUCCUACUGCCUACACUGCUGCUGCCCACCCACACCAGAUAGCAGUUCCAGGGAAGGAAGGUGGAGUCCCACAGGUGCUGGUUCAGCCCAGUCAUGGCACUCAGGCAGACCAUGGGCGUGUCCCGUCCUGCCCCACCGCAGACAUACCACACCCUCCACCCUCCAACUACAGCAGUGGUGAUACAGACGUGUUGUCACGAAGUAGCGAAGGGAAGAGCGCGUCCCCUUUGGACGCCCCCCAGACGACCUUUACCAGGAAAGUGGGAGCCUUUGUCAACAAACCCACCACUCAGGUGACCACUGCCAGUCUGGACCUGCCGUUUGCUGCGUUUGCUCCCAGAGGUUACGACCUGGAGGAGAACGACCCCAUGGUACAGCCGCCAGCAUCACCCACCUCCUCGUCUCCAUUACAAGACAGUCUUCACUCCCAGAGCUCCAGCCAGAGUGGAGGACAAGCACAAGAUGACUUUGUCAUGGUUGACUUUAAACCAGCGUUCUCUAAAGACGACCUGUUGCCGAUGGACUUGGGCACCUUUUACAGAGAGUUUCAGAAUCCUCCGCAGCUCACAAGCCUUUCCAUCGACGUCAGCGCUCAGUCUAUGGCUGAGGACUUGGAGACUCUGCCAGAGAAGCUGGCCAUCUACGAGCAGAACAUCGAUGAGUUUGACAAAUUUGUGGAUACACUACAGUGAAUCAUGACAAAAUCCGACGACUAUUAAAAUCUUUUUUUUUUUUUCUUUUCUUUUCUUUUUCUUCUCUCCUUCCUUUUCCCUUCAGCCAGGUUAUUAUACGACUUCUUAUACGACUUAUGCUGACUUCUUUAGGGUUUCCUGUCCGUCUGCUAUUUGUACGCUGUAAUAUUUAAAUCUCUUUUCUUUUGCGUCCUCUUCCUGAUAUUCUUGAGCAUGAUUCAUGAUUCCAGCCUGGAGUAUAUGAGGUUUUAUCUGAAUAGUUAGUACAAAAAAAGCCAGUAGUCUAUAAAACAGGUUUAUUUUGGUUGUCUGUUAUUGGUGUUUUGUUUUUGUUUUUUUGUUGAAGAAAUGUAACCAUCACCAACUCCUUACGCUUUGUUCCCAUGGAAGGUCAGAUCCUGAAUCAAUGCUUUGGAAUUGGUUUCAUUCUGAAAGAAUUCUGUCUGCAAGGUGACGUUGGUGUCGAGGAACCUCGGCAGGCCCAAAUCUUUGUAAUAAAUGUAUAUAGUGCACAAUUUAUUUAAUUUUAUUUUGUAAAGAACUGCAGAGAGGUUAAAAAAAAAAAGCCCACAUGCUUCUGAUCUGCUCUGAAAAAUCGCACCAUUCAUUUACUUAUAUUUACACCAGUUUGAGAAGAAACCAAAAAAAAUGACUAGAGCUGUAUCUGUAUCAGUUCAUUUACCUUCAUUACGAGGCUGUGAUGCCGCACACGAUACUGUGCCAUACGAUGUGAGCCUAGCGCUAACGAACAGAGAACAGAGAACGAUUUUCAUCAUUAAUGAACAAAACAAAGAGAAGCUUGAUGUAUAAAACAAAAAGGCAACAGAUUCUUAUUGGACAGGAUAAAGAGGAUAGUUUAAUAAUAAACUGCUUUACUUCAAAAAAAAGCAUCUCAGACAUUCAGUGCUUUUUCUUGUACAUACAAUUGAGUGCAAAAGUUUGCACACCCUCUGGGUUUUCAAUGGAAAAAAGUUAAAUGCAAGAUAUAAAAAAAAACAAGGGAAAAAUUGUCAGAAAAACAGCUUUUUAUUUAUUUUUAACUUGCAGGACAGUAUCUGCAAGAGGGGCAUAAAGAAUAAGCAAAAAUAUAAAGGCUGUAGUACGUCUGUAGUGAGGACUGCAGCACCGGGCUCUAAAGUCACUGACAGAUCUAAAUAAAGUUCACAAUGUCCCUGUUUGCUCGUUACUAAGAAGGUUACUUCACCACAAUCACACUACUUAUUCUGAUCUCUUCAUGUAGGUUUUUAGUGAGUGACUCCCAUCUCCUUCACAUCGCUGCUCUGCUCCUCAUCCUUUACUGGCCACAUGGAUGUUCUCCAGAUUUAUUCCUUGCUCAUAUUUUUAAUAUUUAAGAAUUUGCUCGAAGCAUGUAGAAAUUGUAUUCUUGAUUCAAGAAUCCUAAUUAUCCAUUGUGAUCACAACACUUUAAAACUUGUACUAAAGCAGACAGCGUAGUCUAGAUCAACCCUGGUCACGUUCCUCUGUCUCUAGUGUUCCUGUGUUACACUUGGUGUUUUGAGGAAACGCUGUUUUCUGGCAUGUACAUGUGUGCAAUAAACUGCGUUAUUUCAAAAAGCA